GCGCCGCCGUUCUUCCUCUGACCUCGACAAACGGCCCAAGCGCUAUCAGAUCGCCCAGUAUUCUCUUUGCAAUCGGUUGCCGUCAUCGAACAAACUACCGCGCAAUUCCCCUGCUUCUUCACUCAGAAGCGUCGAAAGCCAGCACCAGCUGCUGUGCAACAACGGCCAGGUACAGCUUCUCCGCGUCCAACGAACGCUUCCGCUUCAAGGGCCCGCUUUUUUUUGUUCCAUGCCCACCCGGGUGCUCAUGUUAUCUUUCAUGAGCUAUAAAAACAGCUUCAAUUGCUCUUAAGACUCAAAUAACUGUCUGCUGUGUAAGUCGUUCUUUUUCGCCUUUCUUUCCGAUUUCGUCCCAUCGCAUUGUGCUCACGCUCACCCCUUAUGCCAACCACUUUCACUCCUUCACACGCUGCCUUCUUCCUGCUGGAAGGACUCGGCGCUAUGAAGCGUUCAUAUUCUGGGCCCUCACCAGACCCGAGAGUCCUGCCAAGGAAGAUCGGUCGAUUUGACCAACAUACUGCUUAUGCAGCUAAUCUAAUUAAUGGACACUCGACUGCGUCCAAUCCAAGCUCAAGACGGUCGUCCACGUCUCAGGCCAAUGGUCAGGAUCAACCUGGAUAUACUACACCAGCACACACCAUUGCAGGAGUUCCGAAAGCUCUUGAGAGCUUCAUCCUAGCGAUCUCCAAGCACAAUCAAAGUGUCCAGCAUCUGAGAAACACUCAGUCAGAUUUCGAUCAAAUGCUUCCACGCUAUACAGACUUUCCAGGUCUUGGAACACAAAAGACCAACAGACUGAGCCAAGCAAAGAUGGAUUUCGAAACGACAGAAGCCGAAACUGCUCAAGCUACAAAGCUUCUUAUAGAGGUGUUGCAAGGCUACUUUCCAGAACAAGACUCGAAAUCUCACCAACACCAAGAUUGUAUUUCUCGCUCAGAGUUCGAGAGCUUCAAGAAACAUCACCACGAGAAAAAUCAUGGGAUGGAGGUCAAAAUUGCCGCAAUGGAGGAAGACGCCGAUACUGAAUAUCAGUACGCUAAGAAGUCAGAACAGCGUAUCACCCAGCUCGAAGAACGCAUGACCAAACUCGAAGAUCUUGACCGGAAAACGAUUUCAACUGUGCAAUCAGCCGUGGAUACCAAUAAGUCGCUAUGCGAACAAUUCUCAAAAGAAAAAACUAGUUGCAGAACUCGUUGUUCUGAUCUAGAACGCGACAUGGGCAAAAUUCGGAACACACAUAGAGAGGUUCCACAGGCCGUGGAUACUGUUCGAUCGAGUAUCGAUCAGCAGAAGAUUCAAACAAAGCAUGAAGAGAUUUCUCGGAGAAUUGACUUGAAUGAGUCUAAGCUCGAAACAUUGCGGCAGAAGCUAGACGUCGAUAUCGCCACUAAGAUCAAACAGAAUUCGGAAACCACGCAGGACCUGAGAGAUCGAGUCGAGAAGUUCGGCCCUUCUAACACUCCGGUUACCGCUCCUGCCCCGUCCGAUCUUAGAAACAUCAUAUCAAGACUUGCUUCACACGAUCGGGCAAUCGAAAGGUUAGGCUUCGAAUUUAAGGAGAAAGACGACAUUCUCGUCGAGCAGCUAGAUGAAGCACAAACUGGUAUCGAUAAUCUUCAACUUAAAAUGGUCAAGCUACAGUCACAAAUAGUCAAGGCACAAACAAGCACUAGUCUUGAAGAGGACCUUGAAACUCUUCUGGCUUGGAAAGAUCUAAAGAUAAAGCUGAACGACUACGGAUUGCGCAUCACUGCUCUGGAUGAAGUCACAUCGCAACUGAAGGAAUCCAAUCUGAGUAUCAAGAGGGAAUUGGAGGCUUCAAAAGACGAAGUCAAGCAGGGGACAAUGCUUCCAGCAGACCUCAAGCCCCAAUUUGACCAUAUUACGCAGACGCUGGAAAACCACGUGGAUUUGCUUCAGAGACAUGAGACGCGCUUAAAUUCUGUCACCACGGACGAAUUAUUCAGGAUGAUGGAAAAUCAAUGGCGGACGGCCUACGGAGUUCCUGAGCAAUUGAGAGGACUCAUUGGUCGCCAGACCGAACUAAAGUCGGUCAUCAUGAAGUCCUACAACGAGCUGAGUAAAAGAGUCUUGGCCGUUGAGGGCAAAGCGACUAGUACCGACCAUCGACUGGAGCAACUUAUGAGAACCGUGUGAUAGAUUGCCAUACCAAGUCAGACACAUCGUCUUCCAGAAGAGGAAUAGCUUCACGUCAACACGGCGAUUGUUAUUAUUUUCGGAGCAGUAUACCCAGCAGAGCCAGUGGGCUCGAGAUGUAGCAUAGCAGCACACUUGAAUUAUCGCAGA